AUGGGAGAGCUGCAGUCAGCGCUGUUGCUCAAGAAACAGCUAUCAGAAAUUUUACGGGUUCCAGUCGAUGGGUUUUCUGCGGGACUUCAGGGUGACGAUAUCUACAAAUGGGAAGUACUUGUGAUGGGUCCUCCAGACACGCUUUACGAAGGUGGUUUCUUCAGAGCUGUUUUGGAAUUUCCAAAAGAGUACCCACAACGUCCGCCCAAGAUGCGUUUCUUAUCAGAAAUCUGGCAUCCGAAUAUUGACAAGGAAGGGAAUGUUUGUAUUUCUAUCUUACAUGAACCAGGUGAUGACCGCUGGGGUUAUGAAAAGCCUGAAGAAAGGUGGCUACCAGUCCACACGGUCGAAACCAUAUUGCUUUCUGUGAUUUCAAUGCUUGCUGAUCCGAAUCAUGAAUCACCCGCAAAUGUUGAUGCAGCAAAGAUGCAGCGAGAAAACUUUCCUGAAUUCAAAAAACGUGUGGCUGCUUGUGUCAGGAAGAGCCAGGAAGAAUGUUGA